AUGGCAGAUGCCGCAGCCAGAGGCUCCAAUGCCCUCGCUAAAUCAGACUUCCCUCUUGCCCUCUCCGAAUUCACGAAAGCCUCGAUCGAAAUCCCUACCUCACCCGACUUUCGCAUCCAAAGAUCCAUUGCUUUCACCCGCAUCAAACCAACUCGGCAUGACCUAGCUCUCAAAGACGCAGAGUACGCCGUCCUUUUCGCUCAAAAGCGUGCAAAGCGGGAGAAAAUCCAAGCUGCACAACAGCGACGUGUGGUCUCUCUCUACGGCCUGGGUAGAUACGCAGACGCACAGUUUAUUCUAUCUACUAUGGAGCGCUGGAGACCUGCAGAUAACAAACCUGCAAAGAUGGAAGGAGAUAUGUGGAAGGCCAGAGUUGAGACUAAACUGAAGGCUCUCGAAGAACCACAACAGGUCACUGCAAAGGAAUAUCCAGAAAUCGGAAUUCCAACUGAAGCCGAAUUGAAGGCUGAAUUGAAGGCACAACUGAGACCUGAUGGCUCUUACAUCUUUCCUGAGGACGUCACAUCUGAAACGAUCCAGGCCAAAACCCUAGAAUCAUCCUCAAGUGGCACAACCAAAGAACAGCUUCGUCCCCAAUCUACAACCUCUACAAUGACUAAGAUUCGCCAUGAAUGGUACCAGAACCCGCAGAAUGUCACAUUGACAUUGUACGCCAAAGGCGUUGCAAAAGACAAAGCUCAGAUUGACAUCAAAAAUGAUUCGGUCUCGGUCUCUUUUCCACAUCCUGCUAAUCCUAGUUCUACCUUCGACCUCUCAGUUGAUCCUCUGUUCGCUUUGAUCGAUUCCUCUCACAGUAAAGCCACAAUCAUGUCCACCAAAAUUGAGAUUACUCUAAAGAAAGCAGUCCCUGGUCAGAAGUGGCACAACCUCGAAGGUACCGAACCAUUGACGAACAAGAUCGUCACAAACGAGAACAUCAGUGCUUCAAGCACAGAUGAAGCAGCACCAGUAGCUGCUAUUUCCACUCUCGAUUCCUCAGCAUUAGCCUCGGACACUCAGAAAGCUCCCUCUUACCCUACCUCUUCUCGCAGUGGCCCAAAGAAUUGGGAUAAAGUUGCCGACGACCUGCAUGCACAGUCCAAGGUCAAGAAGGCCAAAUCCAAGAAGUCUAGUGAGGAUGACAAGAUGCAAUCAACCUCUAACCCCUCUUCCGAGGCUGAAGAUGUUGACUCGGAUUUCGAGGGCGGUGAUGCUGUUGACGGCUUCUUCAAAAAGCUUUACGCAGGCGCAGAUGAGGACACUCGCCGUGCAAUGAUGAAAUCGUUCUACGAGAGCAACGGCACCGCCUUGAGCACCAAUUGGUCUGAAGUGGGCAAGGGAAAGGUGGAAGAAGUCAAGUCUAAGGAUGACUAG